UGUCCCCUGACACCCCUGUCCCCACAGGCGCGGGCGGCGCGGGUGCGCGUGGGCAAAGGGGACAAGCCGGUGACGUACGAGCAGGCGCAUCCCCCCCACUACAUCGCCCACCGCAAGGGCUGGCUGUCCCAGCACACCGGAAACCUGUUUGGGGAGCUGGGGGCGGCGGAGCGGGCGCUGGAGGACACCUUCGUGCGGCGCUUCCUGGCGGGCACCUUCCCGGGGCUGCUGCUGGACCAGGUGGUGGUGAAACGCCGCGCCAACCUCCUGCUGCUCUGCAUCCUGCUGGGGCGAGCGCUACCCCCCGCCAAGCUGCACUUCCUGCAGGGCUACGCCGAGACCCUGCUCACCCACUUCUACAAGUGCCCCGUGCGCCUGGAGCUGCAGACCCUGCCCGCCAAGGUGGCCUACAAACACCUCUAG